GAUUAUGUUACUGUUUACAUAUCGGAUUGUCUUCGGUUUUUGUGUUUCCUAAUUUUUUUUUUUUAUCUUCAUUUGCAUGAAAUGGGGGGUAUCUGUAGUUAUUUGCUAUUGAAUUGGAAGUAUUUAUGUAAUGGCUAUAUAUAAAAAGGAUUAAUUAGUGAGGGACUUUGUUAUAUGUAUGGGAUGGAAAUCGAAGAAGACUGCAGAAAUAAAACUUUUGAAAAUAUUAGGUUAUUUAAACGCUUAAUCGGAGAACUAACGAAUGUAAACAGUAAUAUGGUUCAUUGACAAGACUGUAUAAAAGUUUUGGUAGGAAAGGAAAUCCGUUUGGUUCCGUGCUCUGAAUUCAGUUUUAAAUGAAUGUGUUGACCUUUGACGUUUUUCAUAAAAAUAGCACACAAUACAAAGUGCCGACAGGUCGUAGGGUUGCAUUAGUGAGUAGCAUUUUAACCAGUUAUGGAAUUCUGAAUUCCUUUAGUUAAAACAUGUGGAAUAGAUAACCUUCGUAAACUGAUUGCGCGGCGAUGGAUGAACUAAUAUUCCAUGCAUCGCAGAGAUUAGAAGCCCUUCAGAUUCGACUCUUGUGCAGCGCCCAGAAUUUCCGAAACAGUGUGCAGGUGUAUUCUGAACAAAUUCACAAUGCAGUAGUGGAAGCAUUAAAUAGCCCGCGAGGACUUUAUGUGCAGGAGGGGCUACAUAACACUUGGGCCGCUGUGCUGAGAGUUGGAAACGACGUUAAAAGUGUAGCGAAUCGAGAAUACAUAUACGAUGUGUAUACCCGUGUACUUCGAAUCGUACUUUCUGAUGCAUAUGACUUGAAUGUAUAUUAUAGCUGCCUAUUCUUUGUGGUUGGAGGAGCUCUUGGCUUUACUAUUGGACUAUCAUGGAGGAGGACACCACAAUCUUCUCAGAGGAUGAAGGCAAUAGGCUGCAGUUAUUAUGGGGGAAUAGAUGCUGUUCAGCUGCUUGAUGAUGUGCCUAUCCCAUCUGUAAAGAAACCUGAUGAACUUUUGAUACAAGUGAAGGCAGCUUCUGUAGAUCCUGUUGAUAUUCUUAUAUGUUCUGGCUAUGGAAGAGUGCUGCGUAGACUACUCCACAGGUAUAAUAGUAAUGUGAAACAAGAAUUUCCAAUUGUAUUGGGUAGAGACUGUGCCGGCAUUGUCAUAGAAAUUGGUCAGAAGGUCAAUCACUUUGAUAUUGGUGAUGAAGUAUGGUUUUCUAUUCCAUACUGGCUCUCUGGAACUCUUGCUGAAUAUGUUGUUAUAACAGAAAACUUAAUAGCUAAAAAGCCUAAAGGAAUCAGAUUUGAAGUUGCAGCAAGUGUCCCAUAUUCAGGAAUGAUUGCAUGGAAUGCAGUUGUUUCUCAGGCUCAUCUGAAUUCCGUAGCUGCUAGUGGGAAAAGAAUAUUAGUCCAUACUGGAUGUACAGCUGUUGGAGUGAUAAUACUGCAGCUUGCACGUCUGUGGGGCGUUCAUGUGACUGUGACUUGUCCACACAGGGCAAUACCAGUUGCGCAAGCUUUAGGUGCAGACUGUAUUGUUUCUGACCAGCAGCCAGAUGUUGAGAAGCAGCUUUCAGAACAUGAUAGGUUUGAUUUUGUCUUCAAUACAGUUGGACAUGCAGCUGAUGAUCUGUGCCUAAAAUUUUGCAAAGAUGAUGGCCUUGUUAUAACAACUGUAGCAAGCCCAUUAGCUGCUGACAACUAUGGGCUCAUUUUUCGAUUGUUGUACAGCCUCUGGGUUCGCUUAAAAUGCUUUUUUAGGGUCUGUGUUGGGGCUAAUGCUUGGAGUUUAAUGGAUGAAUCUCCUGUAUCACUGAAUGAAUUAGGAAAAUUAGUAGAAGAUGGAAGUCUGCAGCCAGUUGUGGACAAAAUAUUUUCACCUCAGGAUGCAGAACUUGCCUUCCAGCAUGCUGACUCUUGUGAUGCAGUUGGAAAGACAAUAAUAAGGUUCAGCCGUUCGCAGUACCAGCACAGCAAGGCCGUUUUGGUUAAUGUUACAAGGCCAGAUCAGUCAAUCAUCCAGACUGUUGCCCCUGCAACUACUGAAAAGGCUGCUGCCCCUCUUCAGGAACAAUACGUUUGUCUGGCCUCUCAACAGAUACCCCUCCGUUGUGGUUGCACCUACGGUGGGGUAGGGUGUCGUUAAUGCACAGAUACUGCAAUUUCUAGUACAAUUUAUGAUCUCCAAAUGGCUGUACAUGUGGAGCUUAUGCACCCUAGUGAGCAGAUGAUCCUGGAUGAUGCAAGAUUGUAUUUAUCAUUUGAAAUCCAUGUGUCACCAUUUGAUGAACUACAGUAUUGAUUUCACAAUAGUCAUAUAAAUGCAACUGCAUUUGCAUUAAUUUGCAGGGCAUUUAUUGUUUCAGUAUCACCAUUUACUAUUUAAUUUUGUUAAUAUGUGUAUAAUGGGCUGAUAUUAGAUGGUGUUUGUAUUGGUUUGUAGUAAUUGACAGUAUGCUGAUUUUGCAUGGUGUAUUGUAAUCUGUUACUUUUAAAUGUUACACUGAACCACACUAUGGUGCUUUGCUGUUUUCUUCCUUUAUAUUCAACUAAAAUCAUUGAACUAAAUGUUGGUGCAUUCAGUGAGAACUUUCUUCAUUCUUUGGAGUGUCUUACUCUCAGGUGGCUACUCAUUUAUUAAAAAUUCUAAGAGAGUAAAAAGUUGUUUUAUGGAGAUGUUUUUUCAGCUAAGUCCCCAGAACUGUCAACAAAUUGAGUCAAAUAUACUACUCUGGAUUUCAGAAAAACAGGAUAUUUAUUUUAUUUGAAAUUGGGUUUCUUAUUUGUAUAUCACUGUAUCGCAUUUUGCAUGAAAUGGGAAUAAGAGUGUGUUAAUCUUUAAGAAGACUUUAUCAAAUAAACUUUUAUUAUUUUUA